AUAUGUGUACUAAUAUUAUAAAUUAAGUAGUCAUUUGACGUCCUUCACCAAGGCAGAAGCAGCGGCUGAUGUGUGGCCCGUGUGUGUUCCAAUCUUCGACCUGUACGCUGCCUUCCCCGCACACACACCACCAUGCCCAAGAAUAAAGGAAAGGGAGGAAAGAACCGCAGGAGAGGAAAGAAUGAAAAUGAAGCUGAGAAGAGGGAGUUGAUCUUCAAGGAGGAAGGUCAAGAAUAUGCCCAGGUGACAAAAAUGCUUGGAAAUGGAAGACUGGAAGCUCUUUGUUUCACUGAUGGCAUGAAACGUCUGUGUCACAUUCGAGGAAAAUUACGCAAAAAGGUAUGGAUCAACCAGGGAGACAUUAUCCUUCUAGGCCUUCGAGACUACCAAGACAAGAAGGCUGAUGUUAUCCUGAAGUAUAAUGCAGAUGAAGCACGUAACUUGAAAUCUUAUGGAGAAAUCCCAGAAUCAGUUAAGGUCAAUGAGAAUGCUACCUUCGUCGAGGAUGGCAUGGAUGAUGAUAUUGAGUUUGAUGACUAUUCAGAAGAGGAGGAAGAUGUUGCUGACAUUGAUGCGAUAUGAGGGUUCUUGAAUGGAAGGCUAUUGGAGUUCUUGGGCUGGAGCAGAAGCUCUACUUUGCUGCUUGCUUAAGCAUCAAGAUUAUAAGAGGAAUUAAGUCAUCUAUUUAUUAAUAUCAGAAUCCUUUAGUACAUCUGAUAGUUACAAAUAAUUGAUAAAUAGUAGGAACAUAUAUUGUAUAAAGACAGCUGUUGCUUAUGUGCAGAAAUGUCAGUGUUCAUAAUCAUGCCCUAAUUUGAAGUACCUUUAGCUCCUUAUUUUACUGUUUGAUAUUAAGUUCAACAUUUUACAUCCAGAAAAUAUACUCCAGUAGAAAAUUUUGGUAAAGAAGUUUGCAUAAAUCUAUAUUUAAGUUUCUUUAAUCAAUAUAAUUUUCUACUUUAUGACAACAAUAUUAGGAAGUGAUUGAUAAAAGAUUUUAUAUAAAGCCUAAUCCCUCA